GUGUGUAUAUAAAGAUACUCGAGCUUGAUAGUAAAAAGGAUUUUGAUGCCAAAGUAGCUGCGAUUGAUUUUCGGACUAAGAAGAUUUCGAUUGCUAAUAUAAGACCUGAGCACCUUGUUGAGAUCCAAAAAUUUUUUUUUCUAAUUCAAAAACUUAUUGCAGAAGAAGUACAUACAGUUUCAAAAAGGUUGGAAGAAGGAAAAAGAGUACCUAAUCUUAAAACGGCUGAUUGUUCUUGCAAAUUCUUUACUAAGUAUAUGUUACCUUGUCGUCAUAUAUUUCAUGAACAACUUUGUAGUGAUUCUAGUAUUCUAACAUCAGAAUCACGUCAAUUGGUAGAAGUACUACUGAUUCAACUAUUGGAUGCUGAAAAAAAUAUCAAAAAAAGUAGACAAGUUAUGAAUGAAUUGUUUGAAGGAACUAAAGAUCAAUAUUAUUGA